CUUAUGCUGAGAAGUAAACAAAAGGCGACGAAUGUUUGUAUUUUCCUAAUAAAAGCCAAUGGAGGAUUGGAAAUCGGAGGAAAUGGCAAGGAAAAGAAACAGGAAUAGGAGCAAGCAGCGCAGACGAAGGCAGAAAAUAUACCAAAGCCUUUUUGAAUGGCACCACAAUCAUGUUAUGAGUCUCUGCCCUGAGGUUAAUCCGAAUCUGGAUCAGGACCUUGAGGAUAUUCCCAAGGAAACAGGAACGUUUCACUGCCUGGACUACGUGUACGAGAGUUCUUCCGAGGAUGAGGAGAUCGAACCCAUUGACGAGGGCUAUCUGAAGUUCCUCGAGGUGACCAUUAAGCAUCAGCAGGAACUCAGGGAUCGAAGAACUGCCCAAACCACCGACUCUUUAGAUUAGAAUUUUGGUAAAAUAGGUUUUUACGCAGAUGAAAACUUACAGUUCAUUUUUAUCUGGUAAUGACUUAAAAAUGUAUCUUACGUAAAAUGUUAUAAUUUAAGCUCAAGUUUAUAGGUUUGGUAUUUAGUUUUGGUAAGCAGAAAAUGUACCUUUUAUAGGGGAUAUUUUUAUAUGUAGCACUUUGUCUUGAACGUAUUAAGUAUAUAAGAUGUUUUGAUAACUUAAUGUUCAUACUUAGCCAUUCUAACUGAAUGCCUCAAAGGGCUAGAAUCAAGACCUGCGUAGGACGAAAAAGCAACUGUACUUUAAUUCCCGGAACUCUUCAAGCGGGAGACAAGUGUCUGAUAUUCUGCUUUUCUCACAUGGUUCUCCACUAAUGAAGUUGUGCGAAGUUGGCAGUUUUUUGGCCAAAGGAAACGCACAUUAACCCGACCAAGACUAAUGCGAUGUCAUUUAUAAUCGCGCUGGGAGAACCAGAAGAAAGCUUCAAAUUGGGGCAUGACUAAAAAGGGAGAGGGGCUUUUGGUAGGAUGGAGGACCAUUUGUGGGUCAGAGACAAUGUCUGCUGCUCGUGUGGGCGUGGCAAGUUGGGCAUUAGCCAACAUUUUUCGGCACUUUUCAGCAGAAAACCUAAUUAAGACGUCCGACUCUGAGUGGCAAUGGAUUUUCUUGGCUUACUUAUAUCCCCCAUCCUCUCUCUCCUGACCAAGCUCCUCCGCCCCACGGAGCUCGUUUCCCACCUGCUCCUCAUUCUCCACUGAAAUCACGACUGGCGACGACAACUGCGAACGACCUUUCUAAUGCCCGGCCACUGCAUAAAUCAUGGCCCAAAUGGCGGCCACCUGCAACCGGCAGCAAUAGCAGUAAGCCAACAGCAACUGCAAGUGCACUGUAAGAAAUCGCAUUGCUCGAUAGUCCUUUAUGCUCACAUUUAAUUCUCAUUACUUCAAAAUAUGAGUUUCUCCCAGUCCAUUUAUCUUCGGUGUUCAGAAAACCAUUUGUUGUUACAAAAUUCCCAUUCGAAUUCGUUCAGUGUAGCUAAUAAGGCUUUGCUUGCAUCGCGAACGGAAACGGCAACUAAAACUUAAGCU